ACUGAGGACAACAGCCACAGGUAUAUUGUGGAAGACAUUGCUAGCAAAACAAUUAUUUUCGAGGUUGAAAACCAGCAGAGCAAUGCAGAAAUUCUCCUUGCGGCAACUGAAAUACAUGUGAAGGCGAUUGAAUUUACCUGGCGUUUUGGCAAGGGUCCGAUCGACGACUACACACGGUUGGUCGAGUAAAUUUCUCUGAAUGAAUUGGCGGUCGAGGACUCGAUGAACACGAUAAAAGCAUGGCAACGACGGAUAGUACCGAGGCGACGGAGCAGCUUCAAGAUAUUAAAGAGUUGAUGGGGUCUAUUAAGAAGGAGAAGACUCGCCGCGACGCUAAACUAGCGUCUUCUGGAACAGAUUUUUCAAACGUUCCCCACGGCAGAUUAGUGGAGAAGUUCGGAAAGCUCGAACGAAGUGGAGAAGAAGUGGUGGCAUUGCAAGAGAAGCUGGAGAGCCGACUGCGCUGUCUGGAUACUGAAGACACGGACAGGGAUGAAGAAUUCCAGGAACUGCUGGAGGUAUCCUACACGAUGGAAGCUGCAUUAUCUGCCCGAUCGUUACUGGAGCGCCAGUGGCAAGACUUUUGUGUUAAGGUGCUGCAGAUGGACGCUGGAAUCCGUGAUCUAACCACGAUUUUACUCAACGACGAAGAAAUCCUAGCGACGAUGACGAAGUAGAACGCUCUAGCCAAUAACGUUCGGGAGCUGCUUGUGUUUUCGAGAAUAUUAACGAGCGAAAGG